AUAAAAUCGUUACCGCCACUCGAACUCACAAUAUAUCAUUACGGGAAUAGUGUAAGGCAAUUAAACGGAAUAGGAAUAGAAACGCGCUAGAAGGUGUAAACGAAUUAUAUGAAGCAAAUAUUCAUAUCAUCGCUCUCGUUAAUCAAUUAAUUACGAUCUACAGUUCGAUUGUUUUUUCAGUAAAGAACCAAAUACGUAUCAAGGAUAUUACAACUAGACGAACAUGUCUCUCGGCCGUGUGUCAGGGAUACGGAAUGGUAUGGUCAGGGAGCUAGCAAAGAAGGUGACGGUGCCGAAGCUCGUAAAGAAAUCAAGCAAGAGCCGCUCGUUCCAUUUGCGCUAUCUGGAACUAUGUCGCAAUAAGAACCUGACACCGCUGGUUGAGAUACGCAAAAAGUCAAAUGAGACCACACUUCUAGAUUUAUACGCCGACAAGCUGACCGUGAGCGACUGGCUCCUAAUCAUCGAGGCCAUUCACCAUGACCUGACUUUGAAGACCUUAGUGUUGCGCAUGCGUCGCACCUAUCAGCACAAUACAAUUGAUCCCAUCGAUACGGAGAAUCGUGCCCGACGCUUUACACAGCGUCCCGUGAUAUUUACGCGCUUUAUUUUCCGUGCUCUCGUCGAGGCCAUCUCAAAUUGUGUUUUGAGCAACAAGAAUCUCACAGUGGUCAAGCUGGAGGGUCUUCCCCUUUAUGAAGAAUACAUCGAGGGCAUUGCCAAGUCGCUGUCCGGCAACGACCGCCUGGAGACAUUGAGCUUCCGCAAGUCCACGCUCGGGGACAAGGGGUGCCAACUGGUUUGCAAUACAGCCAAGUACCUCAACCGCAUUACAAUAGUCGAUCUAUCCGAGUGCAACAUCACCUGCAAAGGGGCCGUUUACGUGGCCGAAAUGAUCAAGGUGCAAAAGAUUUCACGUUUCACGGAGGGGUGGGAGAAAUCGUUGCGCUACCAGACUCCCGAUAUGAACUCACUGUUGGGCUUGCGCACGGUUCUUCUCGCGAACAAUCCCAAUAUUGGGGACAAAGGCCUCUCAAGCAUCGUCGAGGUGCUGAAGGAGGAUGCCUGGAUAAAGGUCGUCGACAUGCAGGGCUGUGGCCUGACAGAUGUUGGAGCCAAUGAUAUACUCAGCCUACUGGAUCUGAAUAAUUUCAUCACGGAGUUCCAUGUACGCAACAACGAGGGGAUCAGCCAGGCAUUGCAGCGUACCAUUCACGAACGCCUGCUGCCGCCCGAAAUCGAACAGAAGCAGGAAGGGGUGUUCGAUUCCACCUGGCUCAAAGACACAGAAAACGGAAAAUUCCCCCUGGGCAAGAAGGCUACUAUAGUCAAACUGCUCUCGCUCGCCAAGACCGUUGGGGAGCAGCUGGCCUUCGAGCGCAUUCUACGCCAGAAGGCCGAGGGCCUGAACUUAAAGCUCAGCAAGCAACUAAUGUGCAAGAACAGCCAGAUGGCCGCUAACAACGUCUCGCAACGCCCCGAUACGCCCAAAGAUCAUAUGCAAAUGAAGAAGGACGUCAAAGUAUCGCCGACACCCCGCCAGAUGCGCAAGACCAACGAAUAUAUAGAAAUGAAGGAAGACUUCCAAGAGUCGCCAACAUAUCGCCAGAUGCGCAAGACCAACGAAUAUCUGGAGGUGGAAGAAGACGUCCCGGAGUCGACGAAAUAUCGCCAGAUGCGCAAGACCAAGGAAUAUCUUGAGAUGGAAGAAGACGUGCCAGAGUCGACGAAAUAUCGCCAGAUGCGCAAGACCAACGAAUAUCUGGAGAUGGAAGAAGACGUCCCGGAGUCGCCAACAUAUCGCCAGAAGCGCAAGACCAAGGAAUAUCUUGAGAUGGAAGAAGACGUGCCAGAGUCGACGAAAUAUCGCCAGAUGCGCAAGACCAACGAAUAUCUGGAGAUGGAAGAAGACGUCCCGGAGUCGCCAACAUAUCGCCAGAUGCGCAAGACCAAGGGACAUAUGGAAAUGAAGGAAGUCGUCCCGGAGUCGUCGAAAUAUCGCCAGAUGCGCAAGACUAAGGAAUAUCUUGAGAUGGAAGAAGACGUGCCAGAGUCGACGAAAUAUCGCCAGAUGCGCAAGACCAAGGAAUAUCUUGAGAUGGAAGAAGACGUGCCAGAGUCGACGAAAUAUCGCCAGAUGCGCAAGACCAACGAAUGUUUGGAGAUGGAAGAAGACGUGCCAGAGUCAACGAAAUAUCGCCAGAUGCGCAAGACCAAGGAAUAUCUUGAGAUGGAAGAAGACGUGCCAGAGUCGACGAAAUAUCGCCAGAUGCGCAAGACCAAGGAAUAUCUUGAGAUGGAAGAAGACGUGCCAGAGUCGACGAAAUAUCGCCAGAUGCGCAAGACCAACGAAUAUCUGGAGAUGGAAGAAGACGUCCCGGAGUCGCCAACAUAUCGCCAGAUGCGCAAGACCAAGGGACAUAUGGAAAUGAAGGAAGUCGUCCCGGAGUCGUCGAAAUAUCGCCAGAUGCGCAAGACUAAGGAAUAUCUUGAGAUGGAAGAAGACGUGCCAGAGUCGACGAAAUAUCGCCAGAUGCGCAAGACCAACGAAUAUCUGGAGAUGGAAGAAGACGUCCCGGAGUCGCCAACAUAUCGCCAGAUGCGCAAGACCAAGGGACAUAUGGAAAUGAAGGAAGUCGUCCCGGAGUCGACGAAAUAUCGCCAGAUGCGCAAGACAAAGGAAUAUCUUGAGAUGGAAGAAGACGUGCCAGAGUCGUCGAAAUAUCGCCAGAUGCGCAAGACCAACGAAUAUCUGGAGAUGGAAGAAGACGUGCCAGAGUCGACGAAAUAUCGCCAGAUGCGCAAGACCAACGAAUAUCUGGAGAUGGAAGAAGACGUCCCGGAGUCGCCAACAUAUAGCCAGACGCGCAAGACCAACGAAUAUCUGGAGAUGGAAGAAGACGUGUCAGAGUCAUCGACAUAUCGCCAGACCAACGAAUAUCUGGAGAUGGAAGAAGAAUACCGCUCGGACUCUUCGACUUAUCGCCCGACACUGAUGAACAGCUCCGUGACCACCCCGGAGUUGAGUCCACGCAGCGACGCGACCACGCUGCGUCCGUAUGAUGAAUCAGAGGAUACCGAUAGCCGUUCCCAGGCAAUGGACCCAAUGGAGUUCAGCCAUUUGGACGUUCGCAAGGUGCGCAGCGAGAUGAAAUACGUUGAGAGUAACGUGAAUGAAGGCAAAAAGAAUCGCGAGUCGAAGUCCGAUCACGAGUUCGCCAACGACCUGCAGUUCAAGCUUAAGUCGAUGGUGCACUUCGAGCGGGACAUUGGCGACAGUCCCAAUUCCAUGAUUGAGGACGGCGAUAAGCAAGUCAUGGAGAAAAUCAAGCUCCCAGAUAAGAAAACAGCCAUGGUCAAGGCCGGCCAGAAGCAACGUGUUGCUCGUAACGAUGGAGGUGGUGACGGACAAUGCAACUCCGUGGAGAAAUUGGAGCAGAACAUUGGUCCCACUGUCAUGAUCAAGGACGGUCAAAAACAGGAACAAGAUCGUAACGAUGGUGGUGGAGACGGCAAGCGUUCCAAGCAGGCAAAACAGCGACGCCGUGCUAAGAUGCCGGACAGUAUCGAUUAACAUGUUUGUUUUCCAUGAAAUGUUUGUCCUUUUUUUGUUUCAUAUUUUAUAAAGCAAACCCAAAUUAAUGGGAGUACUAAAAGUA